CUCUCCUUCCCCAAAAAACAUGUGAUUUUCGUUCAAGCUCAUAAGUUCUUGUACCUGUAAAUCCAUGGACAAAAUCUUCUACCUUCACUUUCUUUUUCUCUCUCCCCAAAAAAAUGGCGCUUGUCACUCCACUUCGUCUUCACUUUCUACCGACCACUCCUCUCCUUCCUCCACUUCACCGCUGCUUUUCCUUCUCCUUGAAGACGAAGAUCAACGCACAACUUACUCAUCAAAGCAUCAACAAUGGCGGCGCUGCUGUCGUCUGGUUCAAGCAUGACCUACGAAUCGAAGAUCACCCUGGCAUUGUUGCCGCCUCCAAGCACACUAAUGUUGUUCCUCUUUACGUCUUCGAUCACCGAAUUCUAUCUCGUUUUCCCAGUGAAAUGAUAGAACUUGUUCUUCUCGCUGUGGAGGAUCUAAGGAGGUCACUCAGGGAGCAUGGAUCCAAUCUGAUGAUCAGAUUUGGGAAUGUGGAAACUGUUCUACAGGAACUGGUGAAAGAGAUUAAAGCAACUGUUAUAUAUGCGGAAGAAGAGGUAGAAUAUGAUGUGCGUUUGUUGAUUGCUACUCUUGAGGAUUUGCUAGCAGCAGAUCCUGUUCUAGAUUGGAAACCGAAGAUUGUGUUGUGGCGGACUUCACUUUAUGAUGUCAAGAACUUAGAUGACCUACCUGCAUUAUUUGAAGAUAUGAAGAAACCACAACACGAUGAUGUUUUAUUGCUUGGAAGUCCAAGAUUACCUAGUUGCCAAAAAGAGUUGGACUGGGGUCAUCUACCCAGUAUGAAUGAUGUGAGUAAGUUCAUGGACUCUCGCGCAAAUAGAGAAAAAGAACAAUGGUAUUCCAUCAAACACACUUCAGCUGAAGCUGCUUUUAGAAUGGAUCAUAUGAAGCUGUUUAAAUCACAGAGCCCUGUGCUUGGGAAAUCAGGGAUAUCAAAACUAGGAACCAGUAGCGAAAAUUCCUAUGAAACUCGAAGGAAGCGGCUGAAAAAUUCUGUUUUUGGUACAAGUAAGGGUAAUAUUGUUGCUGGCGGAACAGAAGUUUUAUUGAAUGCAAUAGCUGGAUAUUUGAGAUAUCUGGAAGGAACACCUCGAGACGACUGGCAAGAGAUCCAUCAAAGGUUAAGGGAGACUGAAAUCAGAGCUGGAGCUUCAUUUGGAGCUCUUUUUCAAUCUGCUCUGCAACUUGGCAUCAUAUCCAGUAGGAGAGUAUAUUAUGAAGCUAUAAGAUACGAGAAAGAACGAAAUGCAGGGUUUCUAUCUCCAUUUGGGUAUUCUACAGCAACAGUUUCUGCUGCAAUUAGUGCAGUAUGCUCGAUUGAGUGGUAUUGGCUUUUGAGUUUGAAAAGUUUAUCUGAGGAGGAAGAACUAAACUCUACGAGAUUUUGGAGAUGGAAUGGCCACCUAAUUCAGUACACAGUUUCUGGUUGUGAAGGGCCUGCUAUUCUUCUUGUCCACGGAUUUGGGGCUUUUUUUGAGCAUUACCGCGACAAUUUAAGUGAUAUAGCUGAUGCUGGGAAUCGAGUUUGGGCUCUUACUCUUUUAGGCUUUGGUCAGUCUGAGAAGCCAAACAUUGUUUACAGCGAACUCAUGUGGGCUGAAUUGUUGCGGGACUUCAUUGUUGAGGUCGUGGGUGAGCAAGCACAUCUUGUUGGGAAUUCGAUAGGUGGAUACUUCAUUUCAAUUGUUGGUGGACUUUGGCCCUCACUGGUCAAGUCUAUUGUUCUGAUGAACACUGCUGGAGAUGUUAUACCAGGAUAUUCCUCACUGCUAUUCUUCAAGGAAAGACAAAUUUCUGGGGCUGCUUGGCUGGGGUCAAGAGCACUUCUGCAAUACUUGAGAUUCAGCACAAGAAGCCUCGUUAAGAACUGCUACCCAACUCGGCCUGGAAGAGCUGAUGAUUGGCUCAUCAAGAAAAUGCUAAGAGCAUCAUAUGAUCCUGGUUCUAUAGAGGUUUUGGAGAGCGUCUUCAGCUUUAAUUUGUCCAUUCCUCUUAAUCAUCUUCUAAGCAGAUUCAAGGGGAAGGUUUUAAUUAUACAGGGAAUGAAAGACCCGAUAGCAGAUUCUGGUUCCAAGCUUGCUAUGUUCAGAGAGCAUUGUGAAGGGAUUGUAAUCAAGGAGCUUGAUGCUGGCCAUUGCCCCCAUGAUGAGUGUCCCGAGGAAGUCAACGCUAUGAUUCGUGAAUGGAUAUCGACAAUUGAGAGCAGAAUUCAUACUGAGAGUUUUGAUUCAUCAAUCAGCUUGCCAUGCAUGUAACACAGUUGUACUAGAAGCCAUUCUCAGGUUUC